AUGAUUUCAAUAGAUGGUAAAUUAAUUGGAAAACCUUUAAACAAAAAUGAUGCAUUUAAUAUUUUAAAAUCCCUUGAUGGGCGUAAACACCAAGUUCGGACAGGAAUAUGUUUAAUAAACAAAAAGGGGAAAAAGGUUGUGUUUAGUGUUGAAACUGAGGUAGAAUUUGGAAGAAAUGGAGAUAAAUUAAUUUGGAAUUAUAUUAAUACUGGAGAAGCAAUGAAUCGUGCAGGAGCUUAUGCAAUUCAAGGCAAAGGAGCUGCCUUAAUUAAAGCUGUUUAUGGGAGUUAUACAAAUGUUGUUGGAAUACCUUUAAAUGAACUUAUUGAGAAAAUUAAAGAAAUUCUUUAUAAAUAA